GGGACACUGGCCGGGAGACCCGCAGGAAGGACACCCCGCGCUGCGUGUGCGGUGGCGUGUGCUGUGUCCUAGUUUAAGGUGUGAGUUGAGCUGGGGAGCGGCAAAGCCAGCCAGUCGGAUUCAGGAAGUUGAGUUCUUGACCUCAGGAGCAGAGCUGGGUGCUGUGAAACCUCAGCCGGGGACGCAGGGGGCGCUUUCCUCCACAGCACACGGGUGGCACCCACUGACCCGUAGCGCCGCCUCUCUCCCGGGACCUGGCAGUGGGAGGGACGGGCUGGAGGAGGGACCCAGACCUCACCCUUGUGCCCAAGUCACUUCAGACAGCACCGGAACAGAUCCACCGGUCCCGCCGGCAGGAAGCCUUCAGCGGACCCCAAAGUUUUGUGUGUGAACCUAGACAUCAGUGUGGCUGAGCAAGAGUUCCAGGUAUAUUAACAGAGUAUCCCCUUGAUGGAGAUAAAGAAACCAAGGCCCAGAGCGACUGAGUGACUGCCUCCCGACACAUACUUAAGAAUAAGUUGCUUGGCCACAUCUCUCUUGUUCGUGAGUCUAUCAGCAGAGCCCAGGACGCAAACUGGCAUGUGAAAGCAGCUGAUUAAGUACUCCAGUAGAAGAAAAAGGGGACAGGAAGAGGAGAUGAAGGGUAGUGUGACAUGGAGGUGACAAAGCAGACUUGGGUAUCACUCCACACAGUCAGGUGCUCCUGGUGGCAUGCCCAAAUGCGAAGCUAAAAGAAAAAUAAAUUCCAAGUGUCUAGCACUGUGUUGUGUGAAGCCGAAGGCUUGUUAGAUAAUUGAGAUACUCAGGUCCCACACUAGGCCGGCACCAUGGAGAGAAACAGUUCUUUCUUCAACUCUAUCUGGGAAACCAUCCAGACGAGACAUGAAAGAGGCAUCUUCAACACCGUCUGCCUGGCUGUGCUCCUGGGGUUGCCCCUGGUGGUGGUUCUCACCCUCUUCUUCAUCUGUUGCCAUUGCUGCUGUAGCCGGCCACCUAAGAGCAACCAUCAGCCAGACCAAAACAAGAAGAAAAAGAAAAAGAAGAAGAAGAAGAAGAAAGAUGAAGACCUCUGGAUCUCUGCUCAGCCCAAGCUCCUCCAGAUGGAGAAGAGGCCAUCACUGCUUGUCUAGUAAGGAAGCAGUGUGUGUUCCCCUUGGAGCUGAGCCUCCUUCCAACCACAAAGACUUAGAGGAGCCUUUAAAGUGAUGCAUUUACUCCCACAGAUUACUCAACCAAGGGACAAAUUUCAGACUAAGCAUCCCAAUGGAUGGGAGCUUGUAGACAAUUCUUACACUGUCCUGGCAGCUAUGUGUCCAAUAUCAGUGCUCUCUGUUGUAGCCCCAAGCAUAUAACUGCAGUUUCUGAUAUACUCUAUCACAAAAGCACAGAAAACAUGUAUACAUGCAUUUUAGAUGAUUUUCAACUUUGUAAGUAUCAUAUGUAUGCACAUUUGGACAAUGGGUACAUGGGACAGGAUAUUCUAUUUAUCACUCGGCCAUGUAAUAUGCAGUUUGCUCAAAUAUACAUACUUGCAGAAAUGUCUUAUGGGAAGACAUGUCCAGAUUUAGGCACAUCUGCACAAUUAAGUAGCCAUGAUGCAAGGCCCUAUGCACUGUAUAUCAUUCAGGUUGGAGAUGGGUGCUUCGUAUCCCUACAGAGUGUUUUACUGGAAAUACACUUGGACAUUCAAAGAACCUGGUACAGUCCCCACUUCAGUAUAUACUGAUACAGACAUAGCUAGUGGUUCCUAUAUGCCUCUGACCUUUUGCCUGUACCUAAAAGUUUAAAGUAUGGCUCCAGAUACACUCAAAGCUCUUUGCUUACAGUUCACGACAAGGUCCUCAUUACCUCUAACAGAUGUUGAGUGUGAUCCAAGACCUCUCGGGGACAUUACCCCAUAACUACUCAGUAAGGUGCCCUUUUCUAAGCAGUGAUGAACAGCUCUUGGCAGUGACUAUGAGAAAGCUAUGGAAACCCACAUAUUCACUUCAUUGGAUUGUAGGUGUGUACCUAUGAGAUGUGUAAUAGAAAUAGAAAGGGUAAGGAGAUACUUCGCGUGAGCUAGCUAUAAUCUGUGUGACCAAGGGCUUUCAGAAAGAAAACAAGAUCAUCCUAAGUCCAGUCUCAUAACCAGCACACAUGCGCGCACGCGCACACACACACACACACAUGCACACACAGGCGCACACACACAUGCACACGCGCACACGCAUGCACAUGCACACACAUGUACUCAUGCGCAUACACAACACAACACAUACCAGAAGCAAUCCCCUGUGUUUGUAGCAUUGCAUGAUGCAUUGCCAGUGGGAUGUAGAAGCCAUAGUUUAAGCGAAAGAUAAAACUGUAAAGAUAUCUGUUGCUCUUUAUGCUGACGCUCAGGCAAAUAUCUUGUACACAGUAGGUACUCAUAACUGUGGAUGGAUAUACAACGAUGCUAAGGAUAAACUUGUAAUACCUCACAAGUCCCCCCUAAGUGACCUACUCUUUUAAGACACCCCAUUGACGGCUACAGAAGGGGAGACAAGGCAUUGAGACCAGGGUUGAUUGACACAUGUGCCCUGGGGUACCAACGCCAUGCCAUUUUCUGAGUGGAGGAGAGCUUUACCUCCCUAGUCCAAGACUAAGAAAACAAAUUGCUUGGCAUUUUUUACUGUAUUGUGGCCAUGUUACAAAGGCAGAGAAUUCCCAGCUUGUAAGUGAUUAGACUCCAACAGCUCAUUUGCACAUCUACUAAGGGGCUCUAUAAACAUUGUCCCCACAGAGACCAUUAUAGACAGUAAAAAAAAAAUCUGUCUAAUUAGUGAUAUAGCCAAAUUAUGACAUUAGAGCUGCAAGAAAAAAAUUCCCGAAAUUGAUGACCGGAUGAAUGGAAAGUUGUCCUCUACUUGUUCAGCUGAGCUACCUGGUACUCACGGCUCUACUCCCAAUGUGCUCCAGGUCCUUGGAGGGUAGCUACCUAGUGGUGGCUUCCUGGGUCUUCUAACACACAGAGCAGUCACUUUCACUCACCCAUCCUACAGAACCACAAUGUCACUAGGCACUCAAGCCUUCCACCCACAGGCCUCUUUGACCAAAGCAACACUUCCUGAUUCUCUGUCCCCUUGUCACGUAGAGAGCUGGUUGUAGAUUACCUGGCUGUCCUCCACAUGUCACAGAAUGACCAGUCCUCUCCCCUUCUCUGCCAAUUGGUACCCAGAUGCCCUUCCCGUUUCUCUCAGUCUCCCUAAGACAGAAGAGUUGGGGGUAGAGGUGGAGACACAGCAGAGAUGGGAUGUCAGAUACGGUCUGCAAGGAUGAAUCAACCAGGAUCAGGGACCAUACAAAUUACAUGGUUUCCGUGACAACUGGCUGCCAGUUUGAAUUAAGACAGCAGUCAGUUGUCCCUGAUUGCCAUAACAAAGCCUCUGUCGCUGGGCACAGCGGGCACAGUGUACCUACUGCUUUCUAAUCAAAUAGACUUGAGCCAGUGCCUGUCACGAAACAUCCAGAAAGGCAAUUCCCAGCUGCUUCUGUAUCCUGGAACCCAGGAAUCCCAGCCCUGACUGGAUCACCGCUUCCUUUCACACACACUCUCUGCCUUUACAAAGCACUUAGGAUGAUGCAGGGCUCAUGAUAUGAGAGGCCCUCCCAUAGACGCCAGGUAGCAGAAGCCCAAAGCAGUGCUUGGUGUCCUGUCUCCCUCUGCCUCACUCUGACAAUUCUUCUCAUAUUGCUUCUUCUGCUUGCAUCAUGCCAAUUCAUUCCUUUAUGACUCCAUACUUUUUCCUUUGGUCUAUCCCAGAGUUGCCAUGGAUACAGUCCUAGGGUAAGGUGCUUGGGAUCUGUGCAUACCUGAUCCAUCUGGGGAUGGUAAGUUAAUGGAGAACUUAAGAGGCCCCAAGGGGCUGGAGGGAUGGCUCAGCACUUAAGAGCACUUGUUGCUUUUGUAAAAGACCCAGGUACCAGGAAUGCAUGUGGUACACAUGUAUACAUGUAGGCAAACCACUCAUACACAUAAAAUAAAUCUUUUUCAAAAAUUUAAAAAGAAGAUACAUAGAGACCUUCUCAACUAGCAGGGGCUUGGGCAUGGGGGUAACCCCAGCAACGCUGGACUUCUGGCCUGCUUUGGUCAUACUCAGAAACAGUUAGAGGGAUCUUUAGACUUUUUUGAUUUCUUGAGGGGAGGAAAAAGAACAGAAAAAUGUAAAGAAAAGCCAGUCACUUUUUUGAGAAUAUAUAAAUGAUCAAAGCUGUAUAGUACUUGUCAGUGUUGUUUUGUUUUCUGUAAAGUUCAAAUACUUGUAAAAUUUUAUUUAAAUAAAUAUUUUGAAGAUGAAA